UUAUGUUUUUUUAAAAAGGCCUUCGACAUUCAACAAAUAGGAACAAGGACCAUCAAAAAGUUUGGUGAUCACCUGCAGAUCCUGUACAUUUUCAAGUGGAUGGUUCUCAUGAAAAAUUAGAAAGUAUGUCAAAAGCAGAUGCCAUGAAUUUUAGCAGUUUUUCUCAAGACUUAACUCACUCAAAUUCUCCCUUCUACAUGGAAACCAACACUGCUGCUUCAGACUUGUCUCAGAACGAAAUAAAGAAUGUAAAAAAGGAAAAUGAAUCUAAACUUUCUGAAGAAAUUUAUAGCACACUAGAUGAUACAUUAGAUGAUGUCAACAAUGGAAAUUACUCACAGGAUGUACUAACUGAGCCAACUGACACCAGCAUUUCUUCCUCCAGACAGUUUGAGCCCAUUUUCAAAUUUCAUGAGACAGAAGCAUUUAAUGAUGAAGUGAUAACAUUUCAAAAUCUGACAGGUGGCUUUCCUUACACCGAGAAGCCAGAAUUGCAAAGUCAUGUAUAUAAUUAUGCAAAAGACAACAACAUAAAGGAAGAUUCAUUUAAAGAAGAAAAUCCAGUGGGAACUGACACUUCCACAUACAAGGACCAACUUGCUCAUGAAUGUGUCAGGCAACCUCCUAGAAGCCUAUCUCCAAUCCACUGCAGUGAAGAGACAUUGAAAUUCACAGAAAUGUCACUGGCUAAAAAUACUGCCAAGGAAUCUGUCUUCAACCCUGGUCAACCUCAAAUCUUCUUGUGUAAAGAAUAUAUACCUUCAAAAGGAACACAAAAUUCUGGGGAGAUUCCUGAGAUGUCAGUCAGUCACCAAAAGGAAGUCACAGUGGAGGGCAUGGAAAGUCCAGGGGUUCUUUCAACUUGUUCUUCUGAGGGCAUUUCUUGGAGUGGUGGAGCAUCUGGUGAGGACUGCAAAAUACCUGACACAGAGCAAAGCUGGGAAAUCUUACAACCUCUGGAAGAAGUUAUAGCUUUAAAUGAAGUUUUACAGAAAUUAAAACAUAGUAACCAGAAGCAGCAAACUCUGAUCCAAAACCUACAGUGUAGUAACAUGUAUUUAGAGAAGAAGGUUGAGGAACUGUUACAGAUGAAGACUACCAAACAGCAAGUGUUCAUGGACAUCAUAAAUAAACUAAAGGAGAAUGCUGAAGCAUUAAUUGAAGAUAAAUACAGAGUAAUGCUAGAGAAGAAUGAUACUGACAAAACAUUGCAGAAUUUGCAUGACAUUUUAACUAACACCCAAAAACAUCUUCAGGAAUCGAGAAAUGAAAAGGAAACCUUACAGAUAGAGCUUAAAAGGAUCAAGGACAAUUAUGUUUGUCUACAGGAAAGGUACAUAACUGAAAUGCAACAAAAAAAUAAAACUGUUAGUCAGUGCAUAGAGAUGGAUAAAGCCUUAAGCAAGAAAGAAGAAGAGGUAGAGAGGCUGCAGCAACUCAAAGGAGACUUGGAAAAGGCCUCCUCUUCUGCUUUGGACUUGUUGAAAAGGGAAAAAGAAGCUCAAGAACAAGAGUUCUUGUCUUUACAGGAAGAAUAUCAGAAACGUGAAAAUGAAAACCUGGAAAAAAGACAGAAACUGAAAUCUAGACUUGAGAAACUGGUAGCAGAAGUUAAAAAUUUGCAAUUCAUAUCUGAAAGUGAAAGGGCUAAGAAUAUAAAACUUCAGCAGCAGAUCAACAAAGUAAAAAAUGAAAAUGCACAACUUCAGCAGCAGGUUGCAAAGAGUGAGGAGCAAAAUUCUGUCUCUAAAUUUGAGACAGCUCAGUUAAAGGAGCACUUAGAGGAAGCAAUGGAGUCAGAUAUCACAAAGGAUGCAGAGAUGAUACAUUCUAAUUUGUUCCUGAAUUGCUCACCUUGUGAAGAAGAGAACAUGAAUCCCCCCGAUGUGAAAAACACUCAGCUGGCCUCCAAAGUCUACAACCUUUUGGCUCCAAUGGUAGGACAUCUCACAUGCCAGGGCAUCAACAAUCCCAAUGCUGAACAUAUCAAAGAGAAUGAGAAAGUUAGUGACCCAAUGAUACAAAAAUUGAAGAGCUUCCAUCUUAAAAAGAAAAUUUUAGAUGAAGAGGUUACGGACAUAGAUUCAGAUGAAGCCAAGAAUGUAAGAGAUGUACCUAUCUUCUUGGGAGCCAAACUGGAUAAGUACCACAGUCUAAAUAAAGAGCUUGAUAUAUUGGUUAGAUCAUAUGAAGAAAUUAUUGAAUGCGCUGACCAAAGGCUCAAGAUAUCUAACUCCCAGAUUGCACAUUUAGAAGAGAGGAAUAAACAUUUGGAAGAUUUAAUUAGGAGGCCUAGAGAGAGAGCUAAAAAACCAAAACCAAGAAGUUUAAAAAAUCAUCCAAAGUCCAUGACAGUGAUGCCAACUAUUUUAGAAGGAAAUAGAAAUGAUUUAGAUUAA